AUGGCGACUAAGGAGCUCAAGACCUUGGAGAAGCUACAUAUGAUCAUUAAGGAUGAGGCAGCAAACCACCGAGGCAAAGAAGAUGCAGGUCUUCUAUCUACUCUCGCGAGAUUGGAGAAAGGAGAGAAGAAGCUAGCGGUCCUGGUGAAUCAAGUAUCCCAUGAGAUAGAAGUGCUAAUCGAUAAUCACGAAUUGCGUGGACAUGAAGAGGAACAAGAGGGAGAGAAGGAUCUCAUCUUGAACGUUGCGCUACAAACGGAAGUUACUCGAGCCUUAGAGAUGCGGUCAGCUUUACCUGGUAACCUAUUGGACACUGAUCUCCUGGAUCUUGAAUGGCUCGCAGAAGUGAUCGAAAACAUCCUCAACGGUGAUACAGAGAGCAAUAAAUUAGAUCUUCUCCGCCGUUUGCAGGCGGCCUCUGCCAAAACUCUUUCCCGUGCAUUGGAAUGGUUGGCUGAUGUGAUGUGA